UGUUCAUAAGUGGAGUACACGUUAAUUCUCUUAGUUUCAUCUUCGUUAUUCUCUCUCUCUGAAUUCGAUUUUGCAUUUGCAGUUUGGUGUGAGUUGGAUCAUGGUGUUCGAAAUCCAAAAUUUGAAAGACUUGAGAAGAAAAAUGGCUACAGAAUCACUGUAACUUUUUCUUCCUUAACAACAAAAACUCUUGCGUGGACCCCUCUAUCUAGCUAUCCUCAACUGUCAUGUACUAUGACCAUUCUUCGUGUCGCCCAACAACAGUGUAAAGCGUAAGACUCUCAACUUUCACUUUUCUCCCACAAUCCUAACCUUCACCACCAAUUCUCUCUCCGUUGUUUCUUUUCUUCCUUUCUUUCUUCCACUUUUUCCAUGUAUUCAAUGCCCCCCACAUCAGAAUUAUGCCUCGGCAGAUCCUGGGUCGGUGCAAGAUUAUCAUUUUCUUCUCUUUGACAGCAAAAAGGAGAUGCCCAUUAGCAAAAGUUUGAUUUUUUUGGUGGGAAAAUUUGCUGCCAAAUGGUGUUAUUCCUCCCAGAGAGUGUGGUGUCUGAUGAACAAUUUUCAGUCUGGUUCUUUUGAGGGAAUGAGUUGUUGGUGGGAUUGAGAUUGACUUGAGUUGAGUUUUGACACUUCUUUUGGUGGAAGUUUCUAGGGAGAAUUGUGUGGAGGUGUUUUAUGUUAGAGGUGGGUAAGGUAUGCUCCACAGACUGUUAUUUGAGUAGAUAAACUGUUGGAGGAGAUAAAUGGGCCAUUUAUUGCAGGCAUGGAUUCAGUUGUGCAGAAGUAAUGAGUCUUGUGCGGAAUUUGUGAUUUUUGGUGUUUAAGGAUAUGCUAUAUUUUUUUUUUGGUGUGUGCCUGAAGGUUUUGGUGUGGUAUGAUUAAUUAUCAAACUUCUUCAUCACGUUUGAUCCUUGACUAUGUUUUUUAUUGGAGGAAAGCAGAAUCAAUGUGCUGUGAUUCUUUGACUCGUUGUCAAUUGUAAAAGCUGAAGCCUUAAUUCAGAUUGUUAAAGGUCUGUGAGACAGAGCAUUGAUACCUUCUCCUCCAAAGGAAGCUAAAACUUCGUGAACUUCACUCAAAUGAGAAACUUGGAGAACUGAAAUAGGGAUUCCCAAAUGCUUCCUCAGUGGACUCAUCUGGCUGUAUCUUUGUCUUUUGCUCCUUCACCAUAUUGAGUCAACAAGGCUCAGAAUAUGAGGUUGGACAAUCUUACCUAUGAAAUUUUUUGAAUGACUGUGGCUACUUGAGGCCAAGACUAUCUUAACACCCUUCAAGGGAAAGGAAAAGAGGAAUCAAGGAACACCAUUCUGCCCAAUCAUCAUGGCAAAGAAGUCCCAAAGACGCCAUGUGCGGUUUGAGAAAGAUAAAUCAGGCUGCAUGUGGAGUUUUAUUAGUAUGUUUGAUUUUCGACAUGGUCAUUCUACUAGGAAGAUGAUUGCAGACAAGAGGCGAAGCAGCAAACAUGCUGUUGGGGCCAUAAAUUCUAAGACUAAGUUCGAGAAUAGCAAUUUGGAUGAAGUUUAUCAAACCAGUUCGGACAGUGGAGAGAGUAGAAGACCAACAAUUGUGACUGCUGCUAAUAAGCCUAGCGUGAAGAAACUCAUUGAAGAAGAGAUGUUCAUUGACCGGAAUAAAAUGAAGGAUACAGAUAGUGCUCAAAUAGAAUCAAAGGAAUCCAAAUUAAGGCGUGAUGUCCUCUUGAAGUUAGAUUCCAAAAGGAAAAAGAAAUUUUACAAGAAAAACUGUGAUAAGGACAUCAAUGAUUUAAAUUUAGAUACAACCUUGAAAUCUGAAAUCACACAUGAUAAGCACUCAAGGAAACAAUCUAAAGAUAAUCUUGAUCUGGAUAAGAUGAUUGCAGAGUUUUGUCAUCUAAAAGAUGUUUGUUCAAUGAUGCAUGGCAAUGAUAUAGAAGUAGAAGUUGAAGCACAAUCAAACCAGAAGCAAGCUAUUUCUGAAAAGGCAAAAGAAGCAAUUUGUGAAUUUGUGAAUCAGAUGGUAUUAAAUGGCAAAGAUCCGGCUGAAGCCAGAAAAUUCCUUUGUUCCCAUCAACUUGUGGAAGCUAUUGAGCUUCUAAGUUCAGAUAAGGAAUUGUUUCUUUCACUUCUACAAAAUCCGAAUUCGCUGUUGUUGAAAUGUGUUCAAGAGUUUAGGAAUUCUCAGGGAACAAAUGAAAAAGAAUAUGGUCCAGUACUUGGUUCCAACUUCUCCGAACAAGAUCAUGGCAACCUGAAACAAAAUGGGGAUCUAGUCAACCACAAGAAGCAUAACUUUUUCAGAAAAAAGACGAAGUCUCAUUCAAAAAGUUCAGCAAAUGAGAACGGGAACAGUAAUUUAUCAAGUAUUGUUAUUUUGAAGCCUGGGCAGAUGGGCUGGCAAAAUUCUGAAACUGGAAAAAACCUUGCCUCUUAUCAAGAUUCUUAUGAUGUUGUCAAAUACAAUGGUCCUUCUGUGAGAGGUAGUUCACAUUUUUCUCUCACAGAGAUAAAAAAGAAAUUAAAGCAUGCUAUGGGAAGGGAGAGACAUGGAAACCCUGAAGGGAUCUCAAAAAGACACCCUGCUGCCGAAUGUCAAAAUAGGAGGCCUAGCAGCAAAGUCAUUGGUAAAGACAAUGUUGGAAUGAGAUCUCCUAACAAAGAUCACUUUUUCAUUGAAAAAAUUGGAAGACCUGCCACUGGUGUUAUGAAAGGAGACAAGCCUAGUACAACUAAAGAUUUUGAAUUGACAAUGGAACAUGAAAAUGGUAGUCAUCCAAAACAAAGGGUUUCUAACUUAUAUAUUGAGGCUAAGAAACAUUUGUGUGAAAUUGUUGGUAAUGGAGAUGAGAAAAUAGACUUGUCAAGUAGGCAGAUUUCUAGAACCCUUGGGAAAAUACUAUCUCUUCCUGAGUACAGCUUUUCUCCCUUUGGCAGUCCUAGAAGGGAUUGGGAGCAUCAUUCAGUAACUGCACAGAAAAUAUUUUCCACUUCAGAUAAGAUUUGGGUGGGUAAUAAGGAUAAUGUGUCUCCCAAACAAGAAUCCUGUGUUGGUCAUUUGGAUCAGGAAAUAGACAAUUCAGAGGAGCAGUCAAUAAUUUGUGACGAAAUCUCUAAUAACAAAGUUCAAGAAAUUAAGACAGACUCAAAUGUUGCAAAUGACCGCGGCCAUGUUGAUGAAACACAAAAACUUUGUCCUGAUAGAGAUCAGAUAGUUACUGGAGGUGAUGUAGAAUCUGCACAAGAGGUGAAUGUUUUGGAAUCUUCCUCACAACCAGUUGACCUCAGUGUAGGAAAGGAAUACCAAAACUAUGGUCUCUCAGAAAUUUCUGAUUGUGCAAAAUGCUCUCAAUGUUCAAAGCAGGGUGUAGAAAAAGAACACAAACCAACAUCUCCUCUAUUAUCUCCACCCCACUAUUCCACCACCAAAGAAAGUGUUACAGAUGCAUCUGGGCGGCCAAGUCCCAUAUCUGUUCUUGACACACCGUUCUUUGAAGAUGAAGUUCAGCCUGUUGAAGUAUCAGUCCGACCACUGCAAUUUGGAGAACAAUACUCUUCACCUUUGGAUGAAAUCAAUAGAGAAAACUAUUGUCUUAAAGAAAAUGAAUGGAUAUAUGAUUACAUCAAAGCAAUUCUGCAAACCUCUGGAUUGACUAUAGAUCAAUUGUCAAUGGAAUGCCUUUCCUCAGACAAGAUCCUAGAUCCUUCCUUGUUUGGUGAGGUAGAGUUACCAAACCAGAUUUGCCAUGAUCAGAAGCUCAUUUAUGACUGUGUCAAUAAUGUUCUCAUGGAGGUUUGUCAGAAUUACUUCAGGUUCUCACCUUGUGUGUCAUUCAUAAAACCUGGCAUAAGGCCUUCUCCAAACAUGAUGAAGGUUAUUCUCAAAGUAUGGGAAGGAGUGUGUUGGCAUUUCCUUCCCUUGCCCCCACCCCGUACCUUAGACAAAAUUAUUAAAAAGGACAUGGAUAAAAAUGGAACAUGGAUGGACCUUAGACUUGAAGCUGAAACCAUUGAUUUUGAAAUGGAAGAAGCCAUUCUUGCAGAACUGAUGGAAGAUACAAUACUAAGCUGUGUAAGCAAAAGCUCAGAAGGUGAUUGUUCUCAGCUUGAAUUUGAAUAUAAGGACAAAGAAAACACCAAAAAUGUGUAAUAGACAGCUUACUACUUUUUGUUCAUUAUCACCUCUUAAAUUCCUUUAUGAAAAGUGGAAGGGAAGUAAAGAAUACUUGAGUUUGUAGGAAUUUUCUAAGCAUAUUUGGCAGCUUAACAUUUCUGACUUCUCCUGUGUUUACAUGGUAAGGAACAUAAAUUAGGGACCACAAGUCACAAUAAGUAGAGAAGAAGCCACUUACAAGGACUUCUUGCUGAAGUACAGACAAUGCUUGUCUUGUUUACAAUGACAAAAGUUAACACUUUUAUUUUGUGUGUGCUUCACUUCACUCACUAAUGGCAAAUGGUAUUUAGUUGUAGAGUUUGAUAUGUUGAUCAUACUAGCAAGGUGUGUUUGGUAUCAUUAUCAUCCUUACUUUGUAUAUUAUUUUUUUUCUUCCGAAAUCUAUAUAUUGUAUGUACAAGUUUGGAAAUAAUGAAGUGUGACUCAACUUAUUGAAGUUUCCAAGGGAA